CUCGCUCGCGAAGGAGCGUUUCCGAUCAACAACCCAGGUUUUCCAAAGCACCCAACCCUUUUUAAUUUUCCACAUAUGAAGGCGGCCGAGUCAUCGACAAUUUUUUUUACAGUAAUGCUAACCGGCGAACGUUCGCUCUGAAAGAACUCCCACCGAACGCCCUCGCAGCCAUUUGAUCGAGAUCAAACGGUGACAUUAAAAAAACGCCUUCUCCAAGAAGGAAUUGCCAUGCUAGUCUCAAUAAAUUGCCAAUCUCUAUACCAAAAUUGACAUGAACAUCAUUAGCAAAUGCCAUCCUCAGGCGAAUGUUCGCCAGCUAUGGAAGUCGAAUAUUUUACUUAUAAGCUUUUACAUGACUUGGCGCUGGACUAUGCAGUUGGGCUGAUACAUUUGGUAAGUCGCUCAAAAUAAAAAAUAAAAAAUACUACUACUCCACUUGGUUAGCUGCCUGCUUAUACAAUAAUCGAUCCCGUCAUUGUUUAUGCUUUGGUACGCUAGCCGCACCGGAACCGGAUCCUCUAACAUUGAGAAGUAAAAUUAGAGAAGCUACAAUACCCUAACUUUUCUUCUUUCUAUUCAUAUGAUAAUGGCUAAAAUGACUUAAUUAAUUUGCAAAUUAAUGAUCUAUUGUGUACAUUUAUAGUAAUUAAUUACAUACAAACAAAUUGAUGGUGAAAUAAAAUUAAUUUUAAAUUAUUUAUAUCAACAUUAAAUACCAACAGUAAACAACCUACUAACUACCUAUUAAUAGUCCCUAACUUCCUUUCCUCAUUUUAUACUAGGCAAACCCUAUAGCAUCGUGACUUUCCUUAGAGGAUCCGGUUCCAGCCACACCAUCUAGCCCGCGACGAUGACGACACAAGAAAAGGCACCCCACGCCGUCCGCCGCCGGGUCGUCUUGUUCCCGCUGCCGUUCCAGGGCCACCUCAGCCCCAUGCUCCAGCUGGCCGAGCUCCUCCGCGCCCGCGGCCUGGCCGUCACCGUCCUCCAUACCGACUUCAACGCGCCCGACCCCCCGCACCAUCCGGAGCUUGCCUUUGUCUCGAUCCACGAGGCGCUCCCGCACGUGGCCACCUCCCCCGACGCCGACAUCGUCGCGCAGCUCCUGGCCCUCAACAACGGUUGCGAGGCGCCGUUCCGGGAGGCCCUGGCAUCGCUGCUGCUGCUGCUGCUGCGUGAGGACGUCGCCUGCGUGGUCGUCGACGGGCAGUGGUACGCGGCGCUGGGGGCGGCGGGCGUGCUCGGCGUCCCCGUGCUCGCGCUCCGGACGGACAGCGCCGCCACGUUCGGCAGCUUACUUGCGUUCCCUCGGCUGCGCGACGCCGGCUACGUCCCCAUCAAAGAGGAGCGGCGGGACGAGCUGGUGCCGGAGCUCGAGCUGCUCCGCGUGCGCGACCUCAUCCGCAUCGACGGCAGCGACGUAGACGCGCUCUGCGGCUUCAUCGCCCGCGUCGCUGACGCCGUGUGGGCCUCAACGUCAGGGGUCGUUCUCAACUCGUUCGACGCCAUCGAGACGCCGGAGCUGGCCAGGAUAGAGAAAGAGUUGUCCUGUCCGGCGUUCGCGGUCGGCCCUCUGCACAGGAUGUGCCCCGGGCCGGCGCCGGCGGAGCACGGCCUGCACGCGCCGGACCGCGGUGUCACGACCCAGAGGAGGAAGAGAGGAGGGGAUCGAGAUCAGAUCGAGGGUAGGUGAGGAUAGCAGGUGAGAGGGAGAGAGCUUGGAGAAGGGGAAAGGGAUUUGGUUCACCAAUCACUCGCUGCCUCAUCAUCUGGUAGCCGUACAUUAAGCAGCUGCCCAUCUGGGCUCAACCCCGGGCCAAGGCCCAACACACGCUACAUGGCCUCGGGCCCAAACGCACGCCACACACUCGUUGUGGUUCAGUUAACAACAGUUAACUGAACUACACUUGCAGUCCGCUGCAGAUCGUCAUCUGCAGGCGUGACAUUGCCCCCGUCUUGUGAUGGAGCUCCCUCCCAAAUGCAGGUCGAUGGAUAGCGCUCUUUGAGGAUGUCGUAGUCUUCCCAAGUGGUGACCGUCGAGGGUCUGUUGGACCACUGAACUUGUAGCUGGAUCACUGGUGCAUCCCCUUUCUUCAUCAUGCGACGCUCCACGAUGGCCACUGGUUCCGCGUUGCCGGUGACCAAGUCUGGUAUUUGUGGCGGCUCAGAGAAAACAGGAGUGUAAUCAGGAGUAUAAGGCUUCAACUGCGAAACAUGGAAUACCGGAUGGAUGCUGCUGUCCGCUGGCAGUUGAAGACGAUACGCCAGGGUGCCGAUUCGUUCGGCCACCAUGAAUGGACCGUAGAACUUGCAGGAGAGCUUCCGGCAGGGGCGGUUGACAACCGACGACUGCGCGUACGGCUGCAUCUUGAGGAGGACUUGUUCCCCGACGUCGAACGCGCGCUUUGCACGGUGACGAUCGACCUGCUUCUUGAAGCAUGCCUGGGCGUGGGCAAGCUGUGCAUGGAGUCGUUCAGUGUGCGCGGCCCAGUCCAGUUCCUCCGUUGGCGCGCUCGGUGUCAUGGCGGAGCUGAAGUGUGGCAAGCCCCCUAGGUUGGGGUCGACUGAAGGAAAUAUGCCCUACAGGCAAUAAUAAAGUUGUUAUUUAUAUUU